GUUUAUUUGGAUUUAUCAGAAACUGAUGGGUUGGUUUCUGGUUUAGUUUGUAUUUAGUAGUGAACGCAGAUUCAGAUACAGCAGAUGCCGGUGACAGGCCUAUAUGUAGUGCAAGAGCCCGGCACGAACGCGAGCACGAUCUCGAGCGUGAACGACAAAGUGGCCCGCCUGUUUCCCAAAGUAAUCGGCAAAUGGUCGUUCGAGUACAAGCUCUUCCGCGAGAACCCCGAGAUCAGCGCGCCAGGACGGCACGGGUCGCAGGCGCAUCUGGAUCAGCCACAGCAGCAGCGGGCGCAAACCAAGGCGCGGUUUCUUUCGCAGCUACAUCUUUCUACGCAUGACGAGGACGUGUUCAACCUUGUUGAUGAGCCGGUGAGCUAUUCUGCUACACGGACAGGCACGGUGUCGGAUAAGAAGGUGUUGGCGGUGUUUGAUAAGGGGAUAUAUUCGAUCGUCGGGGCGAAGCUGCAGAGUAUGUGGUUGCCGCGGCAGUUGAUGCGGGGAGAUGGACAUGCAUUUGCGGUCGGGGAUAUGUAUACAGUGCGCACGGCGAAUAUCACGCAGAACGGAACUUUCAAGUUUCUAAUCAUUGAGGUCGAAUACCACGCAAGCGACAAUCUGGAAGACUCAAAGCUUGCCAUCACGAGUUUCAUAGCCCAGAGCGCGUUCCCGCAAGGUCGGAUAUUCUUUGGCGACACAAUCGAUAUAUACGCAGAACUGACCGAGGGUCCCAAGCGAUUUGGAAAAGCUGAGCAUGCGCUUCAGUAUUUGGAGUUUUUCCGGAAUGGAUAGAAUGCCACAUAGAAGAGAGUGUAGGUUGUAUGAUUAGGUGGGGUGAGGAUAAGAUAGUGAGAGUACGGUAUGAUUUAUGUACAGUUCAUGCUACUGCUAAUGAUAAGGCAGU